GUGGAGCUGUGUGGAGGAAAGGGUUGUGUCUCUGUUCUACAAGAGGAACAUCACAGAUUUGAGCAAAGAUGAAGCUGCUACAGAGCAUUUUCAUUCUGUUUGCUCUCAUCACUGAAGCUUUGGCCCUUGAGUGUUACUCUUGUUCCAGUUCAGAUGGAAACUGUGAUAACCAAAAGACAUACACAGUAACAGGUGAUGAGAAAUGUAUGACAAGAACUGUUUUCAGUGUGGAAUCAGGUGCAACAGUUCCUGUACAGUAUUACAGAGGAUGUUCAACUUGCUCCCAACCUACUUCCUACAAGAAUGGAACACACGUGGUGGUGGAAGAUUGCUGCAGCGACAUGUUGUGUAAUGGUCAAAAUCCAAGAGAAACUACCCUGAAAUGCUAUUCAUUUACAUAUGGAGAAGGUACAAUAAAACUGAAGGAAAACCGAUGUAAAGUUGGUGAGGAUCGCUGCGCAGACAUGGUCACCCUAGUUCAAGCUAUGGAAAAUUAUGGAAGUCUUUAUCUUUUCAAAGGAUGUGCAACACAACAGGACUGCAAGUCUGCUGGAGGCACCAAUGGACAAAUCAAGCUUAAUUAUAUUGUCUGCUGUGAUUCCAACUUGUGCAACAACAAGAUGACUCUUCCAGGCAACGAGGGGACAUCUAUUACAGGUGGUGGAAUUUUUCUUUCCCUCCUGGCAAUGUUGACAGGCAAAGCAUUUUAUUAAUUCAAACCCUUCAAUGUAUCUGAAGAUGAGAACACAUGGCACCAAGUCACAGUACCAGACUUCACUUCACGCCAAAAUUGCUAGUUUUCAGUUUCCUGUUACUGUUUUAAUUUAGAUUGAAAUGUUGGAUUGAUUGCCAGGGAUGCCUGAAAUUACUUGUUCUGACUAAAGUGUGGUGAGAAAUAUUAACCGAUAUCUUCUGAAGUAAUGUCAAACUUAUCUGAUUUUGUCCAAGAGAUAUAUACUUUAUAGAGUCAUACAGAAAUAGUCCCUUUGACACAAAUGGUCCAAACUAAGCCAACUAACAUGCCGUGUACAAGCUAGUCCCAUUUUCCAGCAUUUGGCCCAUAACUUUCUAAAUCUCAUAUCUAUGUACCUGUACACUAUCUUUUAAAGUUGUUACUAAACCUGCCUUGACCACUUCCACUGUGUGAAAGAAGUUGCCUAAGUUCCUAUUAAAUCUUUGCCCUCUCCCCGUAAAUUAAUGCCCUCUAGUUCUUGAUUCCUCAAACCGUGAGAAGAGACAUGUGCAUUCACCUAUGCCCUUCAUGAUAUUAUACACCUCUAUUAGAUCACCCUUCAUUCUCCAGCUAUCUGAGGAAAAAGAAGUCCUAGCCUAUCCAAGCUCUCCCUAAAAAUUAGUAUCGGAACAUCUUUUUCUGCACUGUUUACAGUUUAAUAAUAUCUUUGUUGCACCAAUAUGACCAAAUCUUAACACACUACUCCAAGAGUGGCCUCAGCAUCCUGUACAACCACAUCAUGACCUCUCAACUACAGUAGUCUGACUGACCAGUAUCAAACAUUUGACUAUUUUCUUGGAGUAAAAAUUAAUUAUUGAAGUUUGGCCAUCUCUACAACUGUGACCUUGGUCAGUUGAGGACAGGAAUGGAACUUAAAGUUUGCAUGUUUCCUGAGUCCUAGUUGAUAGUUUUAAAAAAAUUAUGAAUGGACAAAGAAACUUGCAAGUCUUCACCUUUUCAUGAUCUUAAGUCUUUUCACUGCCAAUGAAGUAUUUCUUUUUUGGAAUAUGAAACAAGGCAGGUUACAGCAAGAUUCCAGAACAAAAAGACGACAAUGCCUAAACAAUGGAAUUACAGUAGUGUAUGGCCUAACCCUAACUCAUCUUGGCCAGGAUCUCAGCAAAUACUGCCCAUGUCACCUUCAGAGCAGAGUCAUGGGGGGAGGGGUGGGGGUGUUGGUGUGGUUGCAUUUGGUGUCAAAGAACAAAUUGGCAUCUUGGGUUAACAUCACAAUCAAAAGCCUCGACCUCUGAGAAUGCAGCAUCCUCUUCAGUGUUGCAAAGGAAGUGUGGCCGCAGUUAAGGGCCAAAGCUCUCAACCAAAGUCCUUCUGACUGCCAAGUGAAAGACACAAAUGAACCAUAUUUAUCUGGUUCUUGGGGAUGUAAACAUUGAGGAAUUUAACUUGGCAGGGCAGUAACACACCACAGUACUUUGGAAUUGCUCAUUCAUCACAAAAAAAAGUCCCUUUAGGGAGUUGACCAUCAAUUACCCAGCCACAGUAAUCCUGUUCACCAGCACAUGGUCUGUAUGCUACAGUAACUGUCGCUCAUCCACAUAAUAUUUCAAUGUUUGUGAGUGUCUCUGCCUCCACUAUCUCUUCUGGCACUGCACUGUGGAGUUCCAGCAUGCUCUUCAGGAAAGAAUUUUUCCUCAGAUCCCCUCGAAAAUUCUUCCCUCUUACCUUAGUUUUAGAUACCACUGCUAUGGGAAAUAUUUCCUAUUAUCUCCAGUACCCCAUACCCUUCAUAAUUUUGUAUAUCUCUGUCAGGACUCCCUCAGCCUUCUCUACUCCAAGGGGGAAAAAAGCGAGUCCCUCCAGUCUUUCCCAUAACAGAAACAUCACGUUCCUGGGAACAUCCUAUGAAAUCUCCUCUCCGCAUUUCCCUGUGAAGUCAUAUCCUUGGUAUACGGGCAGUGAUCAGAAAUGCACACCCUAAUCUCACAGAAUAAGGAGUGCUGUUAAAGGGGAUUCGGAUUAUUAGAAAUUUACUAUUGAAAAUUAUUCAUUUGAAAGAUAAUACAGAGAUGGUUAAGGAUGCAAUAAAAUGAAGAUUUCUUUCAACAUAAUCAUUAAAGGCUGAAUUUCAUUCUCAUCUUAGCAUAUUAAGCUUUCAAUAUUCAAUAAUGGUGUUUUGUGAUUUUGUUAAUGGAUAUGACUUCAAAAGUAGUGAAACUGCAACCAGUUUUGCUAUUUUACAAGAUUAACCAUCUAAUAGUGAAUAGUUACAUCCUGCACAUUUGAAUUUUCACGUCAGACCCUGAUACAAUCAGUCAGGAUACCUUCAACAGUACAUCUGAUAAAGUUCAAUGACAAACUAAACCUCUAACUCCUCAGAAAGUAAAAGCACUGUCAUACUUCCCUUAUGAUUUCACCUACGUGCUGGACCCAGGAUGGGUUAUCUGAUUUGUUAAACACAUAUCAUACAGGUACUUAGGGUGGAGUGGCACUCAUUUCAACCUGCCUACAUUCUUUAUCAUUUACUGGUGUUUUUAGUUGCUCUUGGAGAGGGUUGUUGGAAGCCUUACAGGACUGAUGAGCACAAUAAGGGUUGGAAUGCAUAAGGAAUUGCAGUUUAAUUUGCUAUAUUGAUAUUUUGGGUCAACACUUGCAUCAGGACCCAAAACUUGACAAUUCCUUUACCCUCCACAGAUGCUUCCCGAUGCACUGAGAUCCUCCAGCAGAUUGUUCCUAAGUGCAAAAAUUCAAAAUAAAUUUAUUAUCAAAGUACACACAUGCCAUCAUAUACAACUCUGAGGUUCAUUUUUUGUGGGCAUCCUUGAUAAAUCCAUAAUAGAAUAAUAACCAUUAUACAAUCAAUAAAAGACUGCACCAACUUGGGUGUUCAACCAAUGUGCAAAAGACAACAAACUGUACAAAGAAAGAAACAAUA